AUGUCACAGGCGUCUGUGCCCGGUGUGGCGAAUGAUGGGACUGGAGCGGUUUCACAGCAGAGGCAGUAUGAGCUGGAGCAGGAGGCGAUGCCGAAACUAAACAGGACGGUGUUCCAAAUGGUGCUGAAUGAGAUUAUACCGAUGGCGUACGCCGUAGAGGUGUCCAAGACUGUGCAGAAGGAUGAGACCGGUGAAGUGGCUAUGGGUUCGCUGUCUUUGGAGAGCACGGUUCCUGGGGACGACAAUACUGCUGCUAGAAGGAUGAGGUCGUCUGUUAUGGCGGUGUACAAUCUGGCUAAGUUGGCCGAGGAGGACGAGGACAAAUACAACUCUGUCCUUAAGAGGAUAGAGUCCUUGGGAACCAGUAUUGGGUCGAAGAUUAGCGACAUGCUGAUUUUUGCGAAGAAUCCGAGCAUUAGCUUCAAGAACAUGGACCUUCUGUCCGUGAUGAAGUUCAUCUGUCGAGACGUUUGGAAGCAUGUGUUCGGGAAGCAGAUCGACAACUUGAAAACGAACCAUAGGGGCACUUUCUACCUUAUUGACCUUGAUUACGCACCGAUACAAGAUUUCACUGUGGAGCCUAGUGUACUAGAGGAACAACUUAGCGAGGAGGACUUGCAAAUAUACGAGCUAAAACUUGUGGAACCCUUCCUACAGUUCCCAGUCGGAAUAAUAAAGGGCGUACUGCACUCAUUGGGCCACCCACUGGAUAAAGUUGUGUGUCUUGCGACGUACGCAGACAAACCGAAGGAGAAAUCGAAGGUUGGCGGGUUUCCCAAGGGUAUAAACUUCCACGUCCAAAUAACGAAUAAUUAA